CUGGGAGGGGGGGGGUUUGGGUUUGUGUGUGUGUUCCUGAGGGUUCCUGGUUCUGCCCUUGUGUCCCGGCGCCUCCUCCGCCCUCAUGUCGGCCCUGGAGAAGCAGCUGCACCUGGGCCGCCUCCCGCCGCGGCCUCCGUUACCCGCGGGCGGCGGCCAGUCCGGUUCCAAGAUGCGCAUGGGCCCUGGAAGAAAACGGGAUUUCUCACCAGUGCUUUGGAGCCAGUACUUUGAAUCUAUGGAGGAUGUUGUGGUAGAAAAUGAAACUGGCAAGGAUACUUUUCGAAUUUACAAGAGUGGAUUGGAGGGGCCUGUUCUGCUGCUGUUACAUGGUGGAGGCCAUUCUGCUCUUUCCUGGGCUGUAUUUACUUCUGCAAUCAUCAACAGGAUCCAGUGCAGGAUUGUGGCUUUAGAUCUCCGAGGCCAUGGAGAAACAAAAGUUAGGAACCCAGAAGAUCUGUCUGCAGAGACUAUGUCAAAAGAUGUGGGCAACGUGGUGGAAGCUCUGUAUGGGGACCUGCCUCCCCCCAUCAUGCUGAUUGGGCACAGCAUGGGAGGGGCCAUCGCCGUGCACACGGCGGUCGCCAACCUGGUGCCGAGCUUGCUGGGUCUGUGCAUGAUUGAUGUUGUGGAAGGUACAGCCAUGGAUGCCUUGAACAGCAUGCAGAACUUCUUAAGGAGUCGUCCCAAAACAUUCAAGUCACUUGAGAAUGCCAUUGAGUGGAGUGUAAAAAGUGGACAAAUAAGAAAUCUUGAAUCUGCCAGAGUUUCCAUGGUUGGUCAAGUCAAACAGUGUGAAGGGGCUGCAAGUCCUGAAUGUCCUAAAGCCAUAGUGGAGGGUAUUAUUGAAGAAGAGGAGGAGGAGGAAGAGGAUGAGGAAGGAGGAGGCUCUGUCAACAAAAGGAAGAAGGAAGAUGACACAGAGACAAAGAAGGAGCACUUAUACACGUGGCGAAUUGAGCUGGCAAAAACAGAAAAGUACUGGGAUGGCUGGUUCAGGGGCUUAUCCAACCUCUUCCUCAGCUGCCCCACUCCAAAGCUUUUGCUUUUAGCUGGUGUUGACAGGCUGGAUAAGGAUCUAACAAUUGGACAGAUGCAAGGGAAGUUUCAGAUGCAGGUCCUCCCACAGUGUGGCCAUGCAGUCCAUGAAGAUGCUCCAGACAAGGUUGCUGAAGCUGUUGCCACGUUCCUGAUCCGUCACAGGUUUACAGAGCCCAUCGGUGGAUUCCAGUGUGUGUUUCCUGCUUGUUAAUACCCUGGUGUUCUCCAGCACUGAGUCCUGUUGUAAAUAAACUGCACCAGAGGCCACUGUGAUGUAUCCAUAUCCUUUCAUCUCUCCAGUUCAGCAGCAGUGAGAAGUUGGUGUGAGAUUUCAUCCCCUAGAACUAGUUCUCCAGAAUGUGUAAAUGCUUAGGGACUUCCUUGCUGGGAAGCAGCUUGUGCUGAAGACCAUGAAAAGCUCUUCAAGCCCUUGGAAGUGGGCUCCCCUCUGCUGCCACAAGGAAAGACCUCCUGAAAUCCCAAGUAGUCGAUCAUUCCGAUCUCCAUCAAUUCUCAGGCUUCCUUGGACCCAACUGCCAAGGGGCUGUUGGCAGUCCAGAUCCACAGGGCAUUGCCAAAGGCUUCAGGAUUUCUCCACGGAAUCGUCUUAAAUUGUCUUUGAAGUGCCCCUUAGGUUUGGUAUUUUUAAUAUGCACGUUGUUUCCCCCGAAAGCAGAUGAGGAAUCAGCUUCCCUGGGAGCUCAGGUUUCGUCUCACCGAUGCCAGCCUUACCAGUUGGGCUGCAGGAGCAGCCUAGAUGCUAUUUUCCUGGGCACAGUUGGACAGGACUGUAAAACAAAAAGGUGAGGGAGGGCCAUGAGCUCCAUUUCAGAGUCUUGCAGCUUUCUUAAUACUCUUUUCAAGUUCUCACUGAGAAAAACAGCCUGGGUAACUCCAGCUCCUGCAGACACGUGACGGGCAGGGGACUCUGGGGCUGAGCUUAGGAGGAAGACCCAAGAGCAGCAGUAACAACAUGGCCUGCAGGCACUUUGCCUGUUUGGCCCUUCUCUGUGCCUGGAAUGUGUUUAUGCUUCCAUUCUUGUAGCAGGGAUCAGCCUUUGGAUGAGAAAAAUGCAGUAGAUAAAAGCCUGGAAGAGCUUGGAGUCAGUCCUGCUGGUGGUGACGCAGAGCUGGGGCUGCUGCAUUUUGUUCCCCCCGGUACUGGAGGAAAGACCUUGUUUUCACUGUCACUCCCUAGAUCCUUUCACUGCCUGCCUUCCAUAUUUCCAUGUAAAUGCAGUAGCUACACAGAGAGCUUUUCUUCAGGGUUAAAUUAUCCACAGACAGUUCCUCAGAUUCCUUUUGCCUAAGAAUCCCUCUUGAGCCGAAGAGCCGACACGUUUCGGCGCAGUUUUCCUCAGUAGUUUUGCUGUUGGAUGUCUGAAAUAUUUUCUUUUUGCCUUGUGUCCAUGAGCCCUUGAUGCUGUAUGAAGAAAGCAGUGCUCUUUAACUCUGCUUUGCUGAGGCAGAGUUCUGUUGUCAGCCUGAUUUGGGAGCUGCCAUCGGUGUCUUUGCCCUGUGACAAGAGCCCUCAUGAAUUCUUGGCACUUGGGAGGUGCAGGUGUGAAGAUGAUGAUGUGAAGAGCUGGCAAAGCCUGUUUUAAUGUUGGCAUUUACCCCGAUGGAGAGGCUCUGGUUCCAUCACAUAAUUGUUCUGGUUGGAAAAGACCUUUAAGAUCAUCAAGUCCAACCAUAGAUCAUCGAGUCCAACCAUAAGUGGUGUGUGAGCCCCGGACACAGCAGUCAUGGCCUUGCUUCAUGUCCUCUUCCCUGAGACAUCAGGGUGGGAAAUGCCUGAAUUAGAGACAAGAAAGCCUCAUUGCAGAGAGCUCUCCUCUCUCCUGGCUCUUUGGCCAUCAGCCUCAGGUGUUACAAGAGCAAUUCCUGGCGCUUCCCUCUGUAAGUCACUGUUAAUUAUUGCAUUCGUUUCCUGUGACCUUGGUGUGAUGGUUUCCUUGCUUUCCUUCCUGAUGGAUUAAAUGGACCUUCAGUAGUUGAGGUGACUUUCCCCAGCUGUACCCUGAAGAUUGGCAAAAUUCUUGGUCCUUUCCACAUGACUCCUUUGUACAAAUGGUUAGAGGUGAAAUAGUGCAGCGUGGAUGCCCAAGUCUCACUUCAUGGGAUAGUUAAGCAUGUGCCUCUUGUCACACUCACCAGUGAUCUCUGUAAAGUCCCAAUCCUCUGUGCUGAGGUAACGUGGAGGAUCUAACUUGGAUUCACUGUGGUAACUCCUUGAGUUUCCCUCUUGUGUUACCCCCUUGCAUUUGCUUUUACGGUUUGAAAGAUAUUAAAAAACACAAAACAAAA